GGAGCCGCUGGCGACGUGUUAAAUCGGAGCGAGUUGGUGGGGGAGAAGAUGGCUGAGAAGAAGCCGAAUGCCAACUUGCUCUUCUCCUCCGACACCGAGUUUAACUUCCACUUGCCCUUCAUCCCUGUCAGUCAGGCCCAGGUGCCGGACUCGAGUCUUCUUUCAGCCGAUGAAUCAACAGAUGUUGGUGAGGAGGACAGUUUCGUGGGUCAGACGUCAGCUUCCAUGAGCCAUCCACCUGCCUUCAGCUAUUUUUCCCAGGCUGUAACUAACAAUGAUCCUUUUGCAAAUAUUGGACACCAUCCUUGUACAACAACAGCACCGCCUGCAAGGACAGUUUCAAGUUCAAAAGCCCCAGCUGAAGUACCUGUAGCUUCCUCAGCACAUUCUGCACGAGAUCCCUUUGCAUUUCAGAGCACACAUCCUCAAGCUGGCUUCGUGGCACCUCCAGUCUCUCAGUACAUUAAUACAACCUACCAGAAUAAUCAGCCUGGACUUCCUGCCUCAACAGCUUUCACAACUGUCUCCCCUCCUCAGACCCAGCAGAAUUAUAACCCUUAUCGCCAAACCUCGCAGAGUAGUCGUGCAAGUCCUUACCUUCCCCCCCAACAGCUACAGUAUAGCCAAAGCCCAGGUCAGCAACACCUACCUCCCUUCCAGUCUGCCACACCAACUAAUCAUCUUUACCAGACACCACCAAUCUCUUCACCACAGGCACCUUUGGGGCAAACUGUAUCAACAGUCCCUCCUCCUAACCCUAUAUCUACAGCUUUACAGCCUUUGCUGAGUGCUCCGUAUAACAUUUAUGAGCCAGUACGUCCACACUGGUUCUACUGCAGGAUGGUAGAGGGUAAACCAAUCUGGAUGCCAUUCAGCUUUCUGGACACAUUGAACCUCGAGGAAAUUUAUAACUCUGUACAACCAGACCCUGAAAAUGUAGUUGUGUCAACGGAUGGUGGUCGCUAUGAUGUCUAUCUAUACGAUCGCUUGCGCUAUGCUGUGUACUGGGAAGAGGAGCCAACUGAAGUGAGACGAUGCACAUGGUUUUAUAAGGGGGACUUGGACAGCAGGUUUAUACCUUACUCUGAGGAAUUCAGUGAAAAAUUGGAGGGAGAAUAUAAAAAAGCAGUAACUACCAACCAGUGGCACAAGAGACUCGAAUUUGCCAGUGGAGAAACCAUUGUUAUGCAUAAUCCAAAGGUCAUAGUUCAGUUCCAUGCUUCCUCACUGCCAGAUGAAUGGGGAACUACACAAGAUGGACAGACUCGGCCUCGAGUGGUCAAGCGUGGGAUAGACGAUGACCACGAUGAGAUUCCUGAAGGAGAAUUGCCACAAGUUAACCAUCUGGUGUUCAUUGCACAUGGUAUUGGACCUGUCUGUGACUUGCGUUUCAGAAGCAUCAUUGAAUGCGUUGAUGACUUCAGGAAUGUUUCUCUGAAACUACUGCGAACACAUUUUAAAAAAGCUGUUGAUGAAAGUAAGAUCUCUCGAGUUGAAUUUCUUCCAGUGCAUUGGCACAGUGCUCUUCAUGGAGAUGCAACUGGAGUAGACAGGCGCAUCAAGAAAAUCACAUUACCAAGUAUAGGCCGCUUGCGUCACUUUACCAACGAGACAUUAUUGGACAUAUUCUUCUACAAUAGCCCUACAUACUGUCAGACUAUUGUGGAUAAAAUGGCUGCUGAAAUCAAUCGACUUUACGCUCUCUUCUUGAAUCGGAAUCCUAAUUUCAAAGGAGGAGUCUCCCUUGCAGGACACAGCUUGGGUUCUCUGAUCCUUUUUGAUUUGUUGGCCAAUCAGACGGGCUGCUCGUUGGCUGGUGAUUCCACUCAGUCAGCAUCUAAUGGGACUGUGAAAGAUUCUGCAAGCCCAGAAGAGUCCCAGGACCAGAAUUGUCAAGAUACUGAAGAUUUUAAUGAACUGAAGGAUGAACAAGAGGAGGAAUUCCAGUCCUUAUCAGAAGUGUUGGAAUCACUCAGUCUCUCUGAAUACCUCACCACUUUGGAAAAGGAAAAAAUAGACAUGGAAUCAUUGCUCAUGUGUACAGUGGAUGACUUGAAGGAAAUGGGGAUCCCUCUUGGACCAAGAAAGAAAAUUGCCAAUUUUGUAAAAGAGAAGGUUAAUGCACAGGCGAAGAAUAAAGCUGCAACUGAGAAAAAAGCAGCAUUGGAAGCCAUGAAGAAAGUUCAGCAAGAGGCUUUGCAAAAGGCUAAGGAGGAAGCUGCUGAUACAAACUCAUUAGCUGGAGAAAAGCAGAGCAUGUUGAAGAGAGUGCUAUCUUGUGGUGCAGCCACUGUUUCGUCUGUCAAAGUUCAUUAUGAUCGUUUUGAAGCUGGUGCUGGCCAGGUUUCUGUGGCUUAUCGUGGCUUAGAUUUUGAGCCAGACAAUUUCUUUGCCUUGGGUUCUCCUAUUGGUAUGUUCCUCACUGUGCGUGGGUUGGAGAAGAUUGAUGAAAACUACAGACUACCAACCUGCAAGGGAUUUUUCAAUAUUUAUCAUCCAUUGGAUCCCGUGGCAUAUAGGAUAGAGCCAAUGAUUCUCCCCGACUUGGAUAUAAAACCAGUCCUUGUACCACAUCAUAAAGGCAGAAAGAGGCUACAUCUUGAGUUGAAAGAAAGUUUGUCCCGCAUGGGUUCGGACUUAAAACAAGGUUUCAUUAGCUCUCUGAAAAACGCCUGGCAGACUCUGAAUGAAUUUGCACGUGCCCAUACUUCAACUCAGCUACAAGUGGAGCUGGAGAAGGUAGCAAAUCAAAUUAAAGAGGAGGAAGAUAAACAUGUGGAGGAAGAGCAAAAGCUGGUGGAAAGUCCAGAAUCAUCCAAGGAUGAAGAUUCAGCUGUGAAGAUUGGAAUGCUGAAUGGAGGACAGCGUAUUGAUUAUGUUCUACAAGAAAAACCAAUUGAAAGCUUCAACGAGUAUCUGUUUGCUCUUCAGAGCCAUUUAUGUUACUGGGAAUCGGAAGACACAGCUUUGCUGUUUCUUAAAGAGAUUUAUAAAUCCAUGGGCAUCAGCCCUGAACAACCACCACAUUGAUGGCCAUUGACAAAACUGUAUUUAUCUUGAUAUUGGUCGUCAGAGGCACCAUCAGUUCUGCUGAACGCAAUGUGAUUUUAGAUCCCAGAUUGAAAUUGGUAGUCGUAUCUUUUAUUUGUGCAGUCUGCAUUUAUACUACGAUACAAAACAAAUGGCUCGAAACAGAAAUUUUCCUUUGAAAAUAUAAUUUUACUUGAUUCUCACCAGUGUAGAUGUAUAUUGUAUUAAGUUAAUGAGGGAGUGCGACUAGCUUUGGGAAAGCUUCCAUUCUGGGCCGUUAGCUUCUUGAAAUAACUUGAAUGUUGUUUUCAGAAUACUUCUCUCCUUGGUGGAGGUAAUGAAAUGAAUAUUAGUCUUUCCUCUAUUCCCUGUUUACUCAUUCCAUCCACUGUAGAAUUUCACUCAGUUAGUCUGCAGUGCCUUGCUUCUGACAAGCGAAUGAUUAGGAUUUACAAGGUGUGUCUUGAAAAAAGGCUGCCACUUGCUCCUGCCAAAUGUAGUACAUUUUUAAAACUAUUUCUUGUGUUAGCUUGUGGAUUAUUUUAGUUUCUAUUAAAUGAUUCCCAGCUUAAGUUCAUGGAAAUAGUCAAAAUGUCCAAAUUGAUUGCACCAUACUUUGCCUAUAGUUUACUUCUCUGCAAGAAUGGUAUCUUGCAUAAUGAAAUUUCUCUCUCACCAAGCUGCAAUGUAUGUUCCUUAGUCAGCACUUCCACUGAACACUCUCUUGAUUUGGACCCUCUUUUCUAUUGCACCCCAAUACAGUGACCAAGAGGCUUUAUUUGGAGAGCAGUAUAUGAUAGCACUGUCAGCCCGAUGUGUGUGACUUCAUUCUCACCACAGGACUUCUCAGGCAGCAGUGACCAUCAGCUGAUUUCAGCUUCCAUCAGAUCCAAAUAAAUAAUAAAUCAAUCAAAAUGCAA